AUGGGGAGUGGAGCCAGUGCUGAGGACAAAGAACUGGCCAAGAGGUCCAAAGAGCUAGAAAAGAAGCUGCAAGAGGACGCUGACGAGGAAGCCAAGACGGUCAAGCUGCUAUUGCUGGGUGCUGGGGAGUCAGGAAAGAGCACUAUCGUCAAACAGAUGAAGAUCAUUCACCAGGACGGUUAUUCACCAGAAGAAUGCCUAGAGUUCAAGUCCAUCAUAUAUGGGAAUGUGCUGCAGUCCAUCCUGGCUAUCAUCCGGGCCAUGUCCACACUGGGCAUUGACUAUGCUGAACAAAGCCAUGCGGAUGAUGGGAGACAGCUCAACAACCUGGCUGACUCCACUGAGGAAGGCACCAUGCCUCCUGAGCUGGUGGAGGUCAUUAGGAAGUUGUGGAAGGAUGGUGGGGUGCAAGCCUGCUUCGACAGAGCUGCAGAGUACCAGCUCAAUGACUCCGCAUCUUACUACCUGAACCAGUUAGACCGGAUUACAGCUCCUGACUACCUUCCUAAUGAGCAAGAUGUGCUGCGGUCCAGAGUGAAAACCACAGGCAUCAUUGAAACCAAGUUUUCAGUCAAAGACUUGAACUUCAGGAUGUUUGAUGUGGGAGGGCAGAGAUCAGAGAGAAAGAAGUGGAUCCACUGCUUUGAGGGAGUCACCUGCAUCAUUUUCUGUGCGGCCCUCAGUGCCUAUGAUAUGGUGCUGGUGGAAGACGACGAGGUGAAUCGUAUGCAUGAGUCUUUGCACCUGUUCAACAGUAUAUGUAACCAUAAGUUCUUUGCGGCAACUUCCAUUGUCCUCUUUCUCAACAAGAAGGACCUCUUUGAGGAAAAAAUCAAGAAAGUGCACCUUAGCAUUUGUUUUCCAGAUUAUGACGGGAACAACUCUUUUGAGGAUGCAGGGAAUUAUAUCAAGAGCCAGUUCCUUGACCUCAAUAUGCGAAAAGAUGUCAAAGAAAUCUACAGUCACAUGACCUGUGCUACAGACACGCAGAAUGUCAAAUUUGUGUUUGAUGCAGUUACUGACAUUAUCAUCAAAGAAAAUCUCAAGGACUGCGGGCUCUUCUAAUCCUCACCAUUCCUCAGGUAUACAUUUUAUCAACAGGCUUGAAAUUUUGGCGAUUUCAAGCAGAAUAUUAGAGGUCAAUAUACCAUGA